AAAAAAAAAAAACGAAGAAAAAACAAAUCGCAAAAACUAAAAAACUUGGAAACAAAUUGAAAUUGUAAGUAAAAACAUUUAGAACUAGGCAGGCGGCAGCGCUUUUGUUCAAAAGCCCAGCGAAGAAUAUAUAUAUAUAUAUACAGCAAUAAUAUAAAACCACCAGCAAAGAGUAAAAAGUACGCGUAAACUUACUUUGCCAGUGUAUGCAUAUAUACGUAGAUACAUACAUCCACAUAGAAUAUGAUGAUGACGUUUUGCAGACAAGUGAGAAAUUUGCCUGCAGAAGAACAACCAAAAAAAUAUCAACAACAUCAACGACAUUCUCGCAAUCGUUCGAAAAAAACAACAGAUAGAACUUUUAUGAAAAGUUAUGUUGAAGGAGAAGAAGAAAGGGUUGAAUACUUUUUUGAUUUUUUUUCGAAUGUUGUUGAUGAUGUUGCUGCUGUUAUAGCUGCAGCUGCGCCACAAAUAGUUGGUACCACAGGCAUGACAAAUCAACUCAAUAUUGAGGAUGUGGUUACGCGAAAAGCACCAUUUUGUGUAAGUAGUGUUGUAAACAACGCAACCAACAACCGGACGGCAAGUCGACAUGGAACGACGUGUGGUGGCAGUGAUAAUGAUGACAAAAACGACAACGGCAUUUGCAGUCGAAGAGGUAAAAGAAAAGCUUUUUACCUCAAAUCGUAUUUUAAUAGACGGGAUGAAAAGAAAGAAGAAGAAGAACAUAUUUUAGCACAAAUACAGUUAAAAAGACGGCCUUUUGAACGAAUAACACCAUUAGCGAGAUAUGCGUUAGCUAUGCUCAUUUGUUUACUGGCUGUGUUAUCAAUGGCGGUGACAGUUGUUGCGUCGUCGUCCGCACAAAGUGUUAGUACGAGUUUAUACGGUUCACCCGGUCCAGGGCCAGGCAGGUUUGUAUACACCUCUGCCUUUCCUCGGCGACGCACAGCAGAUGCAUCUGGUCAAAUGCAAUCGCGAGCAGUAGAUACACGUGUCCAAUUUGAAGUUCUCGAAGGUCAGCCUCGUGGCACUGUAGUUGGUUUUAUACCCACUAGACCUGACUUUACUUAUCGCUUUAAUGAACCGCCGCGAGAAUUUACAUUGGAUCAGAUAACCGGGGAAAUUAAAACCAACAUGAUAUUGGACCGUGAGGGUAUGCGCGAACGUUACGAUUUAGUUGUCUUAUCCUCCCAACCAACAUAUCCUAUUGAAGUACGCAUCACCGUCUUGGAUGUUAACGAUAAUGCUCCUGAAUUUCCAGAGGCCAGUAUAGCAGUUACAUUUUCAGAAAGUGCUGCUAAAGGCACUCGUUGUUUGCUAGACGCGGCGACAGAUUUUGACGUGGGCCUUAAUAGCAUUAGCAAUGAUUAUCGAAUUGUAGAGGGAAAUUUGGAUGAGAAAUUCCGUUUGGUUGUAACUACCAAUCCAAGUAGCGAAGUCUCUUAUCUACAUUUGGAGACGACGGGCGAUUUAGAUCGUGAAUCUCGUAGUUUUUACACAUUGAACAUUUCCGCCAGAGAUGGCGGCUCACCACCAAGAUAUGGUUUCUUGCAAGUGAAUGUAUCGAUAGUCGACGUCAACGAUAACCCACCGAUAUUCGAUCAAAGUGAUUAUAUAGUUUCUCUAAAUGAAUCUGUUCCUCCAGGCACCGCAGUACUGCAAGUCAUGGCUACAGAUAAAGACUUAGGCGAUAAUAGUAAAGUUACAUAUUUUCUGGCAGAGACUGAAACUCAAUUCACAGUCGAUCCAGAAAUGGGAGUUAUUUCAACUACCGAACAUUUAAACUGUCCUCAGCAAACUUGCCCAGCCCUCUCAAAACCGGGUAAUUCCUGCCCUAAAAGCUGUGUAUUUACAGUGUUUGCUCGAGACCAUGGUUCACCCCGCCAAAAUGGCAGGGCCUACGUUACAGUGAACUUAGUGGAUACAAAUGAUCACGACCCUGUUAUCAGAUUUCAAUAUUUCCCUUCUACUGGCUCCUUUGCCACAGUCGACGAAAAUGCUGUUAAUGGUAGUGUAGUAGCUGCGGUGUCUGUCGAAGAUAUGGAUGAGGGCUUGAAUGGUGAGACUAGUAUACAAAUAGUGUCUGGCAACGAAUUGGGUCAUUUUCGCUUAGAAAAAACUCCUUCCUUUGAUAUUGUAAGAGUCAAUGGCGUUUUAGAUCGUGAAGAAAUCGGAAAAUAUAAUUUGACCGUAAUAGCCUCUGAUAAGGGCUCUCCUUCGCGUACCGUUACCGCUUACUUAAUAAUUCACGUUAAUGAUGUUAAUGAUCAUGAACCAGUGUUCGAAAAAUCUGAAUAUUCUGCUGUUCUCAGUGAAUUAGCUCCUUCUGGAUCCUACGUGGCUUCUAUAACAGCUAGCGACGAAGACACUGGAGUGAAUGCGAAAAUUUUUUAUGAUUUUGUAUCAGGAAAUAAUAAUAAAUGGUUUAUAAUUAAUUCUCAAAGUGGUUUAAUCACCACUCAGGCGGAACUUGAUCGAGAAAUUGAAGGUAGCGUUGAAUUGAGUAUAUCCGCACGUGAUGGUGGGCCAAAUCCUAAAUGGGCCUACACAACCCUUAAAGUAACUAUAUUGGAUGAGAAUGAUGAGACGCCGCAAUUUACACAGCAGCAUAUUAAUGUUAGUCUUAGUGAAGCUACUCCCCCGCAAACACUUAUUGCCAUGUUGACGGCGUCUGAUCACGAUCAAGGAACCAAUGGCUCAGUAACGUACUCACUGUCCUCUUCGGUGCAACGAAAAUAUCCCGAACAAUUCACUUUGGAUUCGCUAACCGGUCAAUUAACAACGCGACGUGUUUUGGAUCGCGAGACGCAGUCAAAAUAUGAAAUUCUAGUGAUUGCGCGUGAUCAAGGUGCUCCACCGCUGUCAUCAACGGCUACUGUUUAUCUGCAGGUAGAAGAUGUCAAUGAUAAUAGCCCGGUAUUCUAUCCCAAUCAAUAUUUUCAUGCGUUGGCGAUCAAUAGUGCAACAAGCACCAGCGAUGACAAUAAUAACAACAACGGCCAUAAUAGCAAAAGCCACAACAACAAUCAUAACAACAACAAAGUUGCUUAUAAUACCCUAUUGAAAGUCACUGCUACUGAUCGUGAUGAGGGCGAUAAUGCCUUAAUUACCUAUACUUUGGAGUCAGGUGGUGAUGGUCUUUUUGUUAUUGACUCAUGGACUGGUGCCAUUACUGUGCACACUAGCGGAGGUGGUGACAUUAGUCGUCAGUUAAGUAAACCUUUGUACAAACUACACAUAUCGGCCAAGGAUCGUGGUGAACGACGCAGUGAACAAGAUGCAAUUGUUGAGAUAAUGUUGCAAAGUAAGCUGGAAUCACUUGAAUUUGACUCAUAUACUCAAGCUUAUGAGUUUCAAAUUGUCGAAGAUCAUGGUACAACUGCACAGCAGCAGCAACAGCAGCAGCAGCAGCCAACACAAACACAACAAACGCUGUUAGUACCAUCACAACUGGGACGUGAAGUGGGUCGUGUUCAAGUUAAACAGCAACCACCACAGCAGCAACGACAGCAAUUGCCAGCUUCUAUGAAUGUAGAAUAUGCCAUCGUAUAUGGUGAUGCUGAUGAGAAUUUUGCCAUUGAUAAACGUACCGGACUUAUUACUACUGCCAAGUUUAUUGAUCGUGAACAAAUGCCACAGUACCAAUUGGAGGUAGUUGCGCGCAAAGGACUUGCAUAUGGCAAGUGCUUGGUGCAUGUGUCAAUCGCAGAUUUUAACGAUAAUGCACCCAUAUUUGUGCAAGAUCGUGAUGAUGAGAUUCUGUUGGCUGAAAACGCGGCUGUCGGUCAAGAGGUUUACCUAUCACGAGCACGUGAUCGCGAUUCGGGCAACAACAGUCGUGUUACCUACACACUCACCUACAAUCCGGACAUGUUGUUUCGUGUUGGGCCUUCCACAGGCGUUGUUUACUUACAAAGAUCAGUGCGUGCAGAGGCUGGUUCUGUUUUGCAAGUUGAACUAUCAGCCACUGAUGGUGGGAAGCCAGCUUUAUCCUCAAAACAUAUCAUCGCUGUGGCAAUUAAAGAUGUAAACGAUCAUACACCUGUAUUCGAUCGUACUUCGUAUGAAACUUCAUUGCCGGAAUCAACGCGUGUAAAUGAACGUUUCUUUUCAGUGGCAGCCCACGACAGCGACAUUGGCUUAAAUGGUAUUUUAUCCUACGAAAUAAUAGAAGGUAACGUGGCUCAACAGUUCGGCAUAUUCCCCGAUGGCUAUUUAUACGUAAAAGCCGCUUUGGAUCGUGAAGAACGCGAUUACUACGCUUUAACAGUUAAAUGUCAAGACUCUGGCGAAUCGCAACGCACAGCCGUAGUGCCAGUGGUCAUACAUAUAAUAGAUGAAAAUGAUAAUGCUCCUCAAUUUAAUAAUAACAGUUUUUCCUUUGCUAUAGCGGAAAAUGAACCAAUUGAUUCAUUUGUAGGUAAAUUAACGGCCGCAGAUCGCGAUAUAGGUCGUAACGCGGAACUUAUUUACACUUUGUCUUCUACAACUAAAGAUUUUACCAUAGAUUCUCGUAAUGGUUUCAUCAAGACAUUGCAUCCGUUUGAUCGUGAAGAAUUAAUACAGAGAAUACAGGCUUCCCCAUUGAGUUUACAAAUAGCGGGAGCACAAAAUUUUAUUUUAUUUGAAGCCAUAGUAGCUGACAACGGCAGCCCACGUUUACGAGACAAAGUGAAGGUUAAGAUUAUUGUUACUGACGUGAAUGACAAUGCACCUGAAUUUGUAAGGGCUCCAUAUAAAGUUCAAAUUUCCGAAGGGGCAAAUAUUGGAACUCAAAUAAUGCGAGUCUACACUAACGAUGCUGACGAAGGCCUAAAUGGUGAUGUAUACUACACUAUUAUAGAUGGCAAUCACGAGAAUCGUUUCGCUUUAGAUGAUGCUACCGGACAGCUCUCGCUAAAUCGACGGUUGGAUCGUGAAUAUCAAGCUGAGUAUCGAUUGACAGUAAUGGCUCGAGAUGCUGCUAUGGAAGGUCAACAGUUGAACUCGACAACAACUAUAACCGUAGAGAUAUUGGAUGAAAAUGAUGUAGCUCCUAAGUUCGAUGAAACUCUUAAUGAAAUUUCGGUGUUAGAAACAACCAGCGUAGGUACUGAGCUAAUGAGAUUUACUGCUACAGACUCAGACUUAGGCGUGAAUAGUCAAGUGUCAUUUAGUUUAUCAGCUGGCAAUCGCAAAGAUACCUUUCACAUUGACACCUAUACAGGCCGCUUGUAUCUGCAUAAGCCCGUGGACUACGAAGACAUUACAAUUUAUAAUUUAAAUGUUACGGCUUCUGACGGCGGAUCUCCUCAUCUUUCUUCAAUUGUUACAUUUACGGUGCAUGUGGUAGAUGAAAAUGAUAAUCCGCCCAGUUUUCCCAAUACAGCUAUCGUACGGCAAAUUAAAGAAGGUAUUGAUUUGAAAACACCUAUCGUUACCGUAACUGCCGAAGAUCCCGAUUCCGGUCUAAAUGGUAAAGUCACUUAUGCGAUUGUAAGACAAGAGCCUGAAAUAACGGGUGGCCGUCAUUUUGGCAUAAAUACCCAAACAGGUGUUAUACACACUCUUCGAGAAAUCGACAGAGAGGCAAUUGAUACAUUUCGUUUAACCGUCGCAGCCACCGAUCAAGCGCAAAAACCGGAAAUGCAAUUAUCGGCUGAGAAACUUGUUACCGUCAUAGUUGAAGAUAUUAACGAUAACGCUCCAAUUUUUGUUUCAAUGAAUGCUGCCAUUUUGCCCUCUAAAGCUCAGCAAUUAUUAGGACAAAAUCGUGAUGGUUUUAUGUUAAUGCAAGUGCAAGCUUUGGAUGCCGAUUCUUCAAGCAACGGUAUAGUAACAUAUGAAAUGGUUAGCGGUAAUAUGGAUUUAUUUAAGUUACAACGUAAUACGGGCGCAAUAAGUCUUAAGAAAACGAUCUCGCAACCAGAAGUGAGAUAUCAACUUGCAUUAAAAGCUACCGACGAGGCAGUGCAAAGUGAACGUAAAAGCUCGGAUGCUUAUAUAACAAUUAUUGCAACGGGUGCGCCGGGCACUGCAGGUCCGGUAUUUGAUCAACGCGAGCAAAGUGGUUCAGUAUACGAGAAUGAACCGAUCGGUACUAGUAUUUUAACGGUUAGUGCGCGUUUAAAUUCGGUUGAAAUUGAAUAUUAUGUAACAAACGUGACGGCAGUUGCAACAGCAACGGUUGCUAAUAACGGGAAAGUAAUGAAAAAAUCGGUUGAACGUUUGUUUGAUAUCGAUACAAAAUUAGGAAUAUUAUCAACAGCGAAGGAAUUGGAUCGUGAAUCCGGACUUGAUAUCUAUGAAAUUGAAGUGUAUGCCGUGGCCUUGGGUGGUAAGCCGAGAACUACAAGUACAAAGGUUAGUAUCGAGUCUUGUCUUAAGAAGAACAAUUUCUGCUUAUACCUAAUUUUAUGGGGGCUGCGUAAGUAAGUUUUUUUUUUUUUUUUUCUUAAUUCUUUAAUAUUAUUAGAUCUGUGCAAUGCCUUCUUAUGCCUUCAAAACAUAUAUCUGCGCGUUUAUAAAAGAUUGUAAUGUAGUAGGCAUUGACACGAAAAUAGCAAAAUGAAAAUCAAGCAAA